UGAUUUUUUCGGGCUGAUUUUUGGGGUGAUUUCUGCCGAUUUUGGGCAGGUCGGGGACGCGCUGGCCGCCACCCGCCUGAGCCGGGCGCUGCUGGAGCGCGGCAUGUUCGUGCAGGCCAUCAACCCCCCCACGGUGCCGCGGGGGGGGGAGCUGCUGCGCAUCGCCCCCACCCCCCAGCACAGCCCCGAGAUGAUGGAGCGGCUGGCGGACCAGCUGUCCGAGUGCUGGGGGGCGCUGGGGCUGCCCCGGGACUCGCCCCUGGGCCCGGCCUGCGCCUCCUGCCAGCGCCCGCUGCACCUCUCGCUGAUGAGCGCCUGGGAGCGGCAGCACUUCCAGCCGGGGGGGCUCCCCCAGACCGCCUGAGACCCCCGGACCCGCCUGGGACCCCCGGAACCGCCUGAGACCCCCGAAACUGAGACCCCCGG